UUCUCUUAUUUUUAUCCCUUACUAAUUUAUUUGUUAAAGGAAAAAACCAAACAAAGAAACGAACAAACUGACUUGACGAAACGACACCCCACCCCGCAACCUUGUAAGCCGGAGUACCUAAGGAGGAUGAUAGAGAAUAGAGUCGUAGACCCCUCCCUUCUCCCUUUCCUCUGCUAAAAAGUUUUCAACCUUUUUCCUGUCACUCUGUCUACCCUCCAACUUUCUCUCACUUUCCCUCUCCCCAAACAUCAACCCUCUCUGACACAGCACACUCCCACCACCCCCUCCCUCUGCUAACUCUCCGUACUCACUCCCCUUGUCUUUCUCUCCUUUAUUUGUCCCUUUCCCCCCUGAAUCUAUUCGCCUUUUGAUUCUCUCUCCCUGUCUGUAUUUUCUUUUCUAUCUGAUCGAUCAUGCUUCAGAGCUUAGUUCCACAGUCUCCAAUAUCUAACCCUUCCAAUAGCUCUGCGAUGAAGUCGAAGCGCGUGGACCGCGACGAGAGCUACGGGGACGACGCGACGACGAAGAGGAUGAAUUUCUCCAACGAAGCGUCGGUCUCCGGCGAGAAGACCUUGGACGAAAGAGAGGAGGGGGAGUCCACCGGCCUGAAACUAUUAGGGCUUCUGCUCCAGUGCGCCGAGAGCGUGGCUUUGGAGCACCUCGACGAGGCCGCCGAUCUACUUCCCGAAAUCGCCGAGCUCUCGUCUCCCUAUGGCUCUUCCCCGCAGCGCGUUGGAGCGUACUUCGCCCACGCGCUCCAUGCUCGCGUGAUCACCUCAUACCUCGGCACCUACUGGCCGCUCAGCUCCAAAACUCGAACCCUCACUCAGUCGCAGAAAAUCUUCUCCGCUCUCCAAUCCUACAACUCCAUCAGUCCCUUGGUCAAAUUCUCACACUUCACAGCCAACCAAGCCAUUUUCCAAGCAUUGGACGGCGAAGAACACGUCCACGUCAUCGAUCUCGAUAUAAUGCAGGGCCUCCAAUGGCCCGGAUUGUUCCACAUCCUCGCCUCCCGAAACAAGAAGAUCCGAUCCAUGCGGGUCACCGGGUUCGGAUCCUCCUCCGAUUUGCUAGAGUCGACCGGUAAGAGACUCGGGGACUUCGCGAGUUCGCUUGGGCUUCCCUUCGAGUUCCACCCGUUCGAAGGUAAAAUCGGGAAUGUGAAAGAUCUGAGUCAACUCGGGGUGAGGCCGAACGAGGCCAUAGUGGUGCACUGGAUGCACCAUUGUCUGUACGAUAUAACGGGGAGCGAUUUGGGGACGCUGAAAGUGUUGGCUUUGUUGAGACCCAAACUGAUCACAAUCGUCGAACAGGAUCUCAGCCACGGGGGUGGCUUUUUAGCCAGGUUCGUGGAGGCUUUGCAUUACUACAGCGCGUUGUUUGACGCGCUUGGGGACGGAUUGGGUGAGGAUAACCUAGAGAGGCAUAUGGUGGAGCAGCAACUGUUUGGGUGCGAGAUUAGGAACAUCAUGGCCGUUGGUGGGCCGAAGAGGACCGGAGAGGAGAAGGUGGAGAGGUGGGGAGAGGAGUUAAGGCGGGUCGGAUUCCAGCCUAUCUCACUGGGGGGCAACCCGGCGGCCCAAGCUAGCUUGUUGCUUGGGAUGUUCCCGUGGAAGGGUUAUACUUUAGUGGAGGAUAAUGGUUGCUUGAAGUUAGGUUGGAAAGAUCUGUCAUUGCUCACAGCCUCGGCAUGGCAGCCGUCCAACUGAAUUGCUACGAUGGAAUUGGGUGGAGGAUGGAUCCACGAUAUAAUCCGGAUGGGAUGGGUCGGGUUAGGAUGGUGCACAAGAUAUAUGUAUUAAUUGGUGAGAAGGAGGGUAGGAGCAUGCUUUUGGAACAUUCUGUCUCUAAUAAUACACUUUUGAUUUUGCCCUUUUGAAGGGAGGGAGGGUUUUGAAGCAAGUGAAGUCGCCUUUGUUCGCUUUGUUGUUAUUCUUUUGAAGCAAAAACAUGUACCUAAAUUUGUUCUUAUUGUACCUUUGGGGAAAAAACGAAAAACCAUAUUGAAAGAAAAUGAUGCUUUUGUGUUUA